AUGGCCGAGACAUCCUCAUCCAUCCCGACUCCCCCGCACUGCACCGCCGAUUUCUGCUUGAUCCCAAUCGGCACAUCAUCUCCCUCCGUGUCCGCCCAAAUAGCCGAUGUUCAGCGCCUUAUUGAGAAAUCCGGCCUGAAAUACGUCAUGCAUUCAGCUGGGACCACGCUCGAGGGUCCUUGGGAUAGAGUUCAUCAGGUUAUUGGUCAGGCGCAUACGAUUCUUCAUCAGCAGGGUAUUGUGAGGAUUCAAACAGAUAUUCGCGUUGGUUCGAGAACCGACAAGGAACAGUCCUUUGAGGACAAGGUGAACAAGGUCCGUGAGUUGUUGAAAAACGACUAA